AUGUCGAACAAUAUUGUGAUUUUGGGAGCUGGUGUCACGGGUUUGACAACCGCUUACCUGUUGUCCCAAGACCCCGCAAACAAAAUUACUGUUAUUGCAAAGCAUAUGCCGGGAGACUAUGACAUCGAGUAUGCUUCUCCAUGGGCGGGGGCCAACUACAUGCCGGUCGGCAAAGAGGGUAGCAAUCAUCAAGCGUGGGAGUCGGCCACUUGGCCCGCCCUGCAGGAAUUGUGCAAGAAAUACCCCGAGGCAGGAAUUCAUUUUCGAGAUUCGUUGAUCUAUAACCGCAAGAAGGAUCAAGAGUCUGCCACAGGCCAAUGGUUCUCGGAAUUGGUGCAGCCUAAUCCAUGGUAUAAGGAUGUCGUUCCUAAUUUCGAGGCAAUUCCCGAGAGUCAUUUGGCGCCAGGUAUUGACAAUGCUCAGAAGUUCACAUCUGUCUGCAUCAACACGGCAGUCUAUCUACCAUGGCUUGUCGGUCAGUGUGUGAAAGCCGGCGCAGUCUUCAAGAGAGCCAUAGUCAAACAUAUUUCCGAGGCGGCCAAUGCGCACCACUCUGGCCAAAAGACUGACGUCGUUGUGAAUUGCACCGGCCUGGCAUCGAAAACUCUAGGAGGAGUUGUCGAUGACAAGAUGUACCCAGCCAGAGGUCAGAUCGUUGUAGUCCGAAAUGACCCCGGCGAAAUGGUUUCUGUGUCUGGAACCGACGAUGGAGAGGAUGAGGCGCUAUAUAUCAUGACCCGUGCUGCAGGUGGUGGCACAAUUCUUGGAGGGUCCUAUCAGAAGCACAAUUGGGACGGUCUGCCUGAUCCGAACCUUGCGAACCGAAUUAUGAAGCGAGCAAUCGCCAUUUGCCCCAAGCUUGUUAAAGAGGGAGAGGGAAUCGAGGGACUUAGCAUUAUUCGUCAUGGCGUUGGUUUGCGACCCCUCCGUGAUGGUGGCCCUCGUGUUGAGAAAGAUCAGGUUGACGGUGUGAAAAUUGUUCACAAUUAUGGUCAUGGUGGAUUUGGUUACCAAGCUUCGUUCGGCUGUGCAGCAGAUGCAGUGUCCCUGGUCAAGGAGGUCUUGCAGAGCAAGAAGCAUUCUAAGCUCUGA